AUGACGACUUCGAUUGUCGAGAACAAUACUGUGGUAAGAAAUCGUCGAAAACCCGUUUCCAUUCUAUCCGUUUGAUUUCAGACGUCUUCUGGAGAUGGGCUGACGGAAACGUCCAUCCCGCAAGAGCUUCUUACCCGGCACCCACUGCAAAACCGAUGGGCUUUGUGGUACUUGAAAGCUGAUCGCAACAAGGAAUGGGAGGACUGUCUGAAGGUUUGAAACUGGCAUUGCGAAGUAAUAAUGUAUUUCUAGAUGGUUUCGCUUUUCGAUACCGUUGAGGACUUCUGGUCGCUCUACAACCACAUACAAUCGGCUGGUGGAUUGAACUGGGGAUCAGACUACUACCUCUUCAAGGAGGGAAUCAAGCCGAUGUGGGAGGAUGUGAACAAUGUUCAGGGUGGGCGCUGGCUCGUCGUUGUCGAUAAACAAGUUGGUCAUUGAGCAGUUUUUCAUUACAUUAAUCCCUAGAAGCUUCAGAGAAGAACUCAGUUGCUCGAUCAUUAUUGGCUCGAGCUCUUGAUGGCUAUUGUUGGAGAGCAAUUCGACGAGUACGGAGACUACAUCUGCGGAGCCGUCGUCAAUGUUCGUCAAAAGGGUGACAAGGUUUCGUUGUGGACCCGUGACGCCACUCGCGAUGAUGUCAAUCUUCGUAUUGGACAAGUUCUCAAGCAGAAGCUGAGCAUUCCGGACAGUGAGAUUCUGAGGUAAAGUCCUACUUAAUUGUUUCUUUUAUAAAUAGUUUUGUUUAGAUACGAAGUGCACAAGGACUCGUCGGCUCGUACUUCUUCGACUGUCAAACCGCGCAUCUGUCUCCCAGCGAAGGAUCCGGCUCCAGUCAAAGAAAAAACUUCUGCCGGAUCGUCGCCACCGGCUGCUACUGCUGGAUCUCCGACGAGCGGAACAUCUCCAACCACCCCAACCAUCUAG